AUGGGACAGAGGUCAUAUUUCUUUCUCCUCUUAUUUCUUUCUCCUUUCUUUCCUUCCCUUCUUUUUUCUUUCUCCUCCUCUUUCUUUCUUUCUUUCUUUCUUUCUUUCUUUCUUUCCCCUCUUCUUUCUUUCCCACCUCUAUUUUUUCUUUUUUUUAAUUUAUUUUUCACUUACAUUUUUUUAUUCUUCUCUUUCUUAUUAUUAUUCUUACCUUUCUUCAUCCCAGCACAAGCACCUCAAGCACAUUCAGUCUACCAAACUCAGCCGGCAGCCCCACAGCAAACACAACCUCAACAACACACACAACAGCCCCCUCCUCAACAGCCUCCUCCGCCCCCACCUCAAACCUAUCAAACAUAUGGGUCACAGAUCGCUAAGGCAAGACCCCAACCGAUCUCAGUCACCACAACCAGCCCGGUUAAUCAUGCACCACUCCAAUCGCAACAGCCACAAGCUUAUAGCUACAGUGCGCACAACACAACUUAUCCAAAUGUAACGGUUGCUACACGUACUACGAUUGGGACUGAGUAUCGGCCAUUGCUUAAAUCUCGUUAUUACCCAACAAAUGAUACAAGCAAUAGCAUCAAAGCUCCCACUCAGGCAGAUGCAUAUCAUACCCCAGCCCAACAGCCAACCCUGCACACACAACAGAGUCAACAGCAACAUUAUUCAUAUCAGGAUUCGGUGAGUGACUCACAGUAUCAGUAUAAGGAAGUAGUAAAUAAAUCCAUUUACCAGGCACCAUACCCAGAUAACAAUACCUUGAAAACAACGUACCAGCCUCCAACUCAGUACCCAACAAGCACAAAACUACCCACACAAUAUCAGGCAAAUACAAAGCCUCCAUCUCCAUACCAAUCAAAUGCUAAACAAGUGACCACAUAUCAAGCGACCCCAAAGCCCCCAACACCGUACCAAAGUGGUACCAAGCUGGCAGCACAGUACUCAGUUACAGCCAAGACAUUGACCCCAUACCAAACUGGGAGUAAACCGACAACACAGUUCCAGAGUAACACAAAACACCAUAGUUUACAUCAAAGUGCAACAAAGACACAAACUCAGUAUCAGACAGGAACUAAAAUGCUGAUUUCAUUUCCAAAUACCACAAAGCCAGUCAACCAAUUCCAGAACAGUCCGAAACUGCUGACUCAGUAUUCAGGUGGAAUAAAACCGCAGAGCCUGUAUUCUCCAGGUAACAAGCCACAAUUCCAGCCGACCACUAGUCUUGCCAAGCCGCAAUAUCCAACCGUACUCUCCAAAACUUCAUAUCAGUCGAACACCAAGACUCACUACCAAUCGCAUUUCACAGAAACAGGUACUAAGCCUCAGUAUCAGUAUCGUAAAACGACGAUACCGGAAACACGAUUUGAUCAAUACCAAGAAUCUCAGCAGCAGCAACAAAAUCAUUCUCCGUAUCGCUACCAACAAAUCAAGUCAAACUAUGGUGGUGAGAGCAGCUUGCAAAAUACUGUGACUCAGAGUGUAAUUCGUAGCUUGACUGAAGCUGAUUCUCUGAACAAUGUUCAUAAGAUGACAAUCAAUGAUGAUCGGAGUGGGGAUACAAACAAAAUGGCUGAGCCCCUUUCAUCUGCAUCUGUGUCAUCACCAGUGCCGAUGAUAACUGAAAUGACACCAGGGACAAAAGAUAGUGAGGUUGCUGAUGAGAAUACCCUCACUGACACAAUGACAGAGAAAGAUGAAAAGAUGAUAGAGGAUGAGGCUGAUUCCCCAGACAAAAAGGACAUUGAGAAUGGUGAGAAAGAGCACCUGACAAUGAAGAUUCUCAAAGAACUUAUGCAACCAAUGCUGUGUAAACUGUGUAAUGUUGCAAUGAAUGCUGCUAUCCAAUCAGACCAGCAUUAUAAUGGCAAGAACCAUGCAAAAAAGGUUCGUCUUUUUAUGCUUAGUGGUGGUACUCAACUACCAGCAACAAAAAAUCGACCUGCUGUGGAGUAUAAACCUGGACAGGAAAUACCAGUGGUCACUGCCAGUCACAGCUCUAGUAAUGGACAGGCAACCACGACCAUUGCCAACACAUUAGUCACAAGUAUUACAGAUAGCAACCCGACAAAAACAACAAGUAUUACCAAACCAAAUCCAACCUCAUCUCCCAUUUCCAUUUCUACUGCUACAACCUCAACUGCUUCUUCCACUCUCCCCUCAACAUGCACAUCUACCACCACCACCACUACUACUACUACAACUACUACCAUUUCUCCAGUGUCGGGCACAAGUAUAGUUACUGCCACAGUUGAACUCAACUCAGAGAUUUACUGCAAAAUUUGUGAUGCUUGUUUCAACUCACCAAAACAAGCUACACAGCACUACCAGGGAAAGAAUCAUGCAAAGAAAGUGCGUAUGUCAGAGGCUGCGACAAAGCUUGCAGAAGCUGUGGGAACCGGAACGGUAACUGAAAGUGGGAACGUGUUCAUGUGUGCCCUUUGUUCAGUUCAUGUCACGUCGCAGGAACAAUUGAGUAGCCACCUGAAUGGUGCUAAACAUAAAGCCAAACAGCGAAUGCAGGAACGGCAGAAUAAUUCCAAGGAACGGGAAUCAAGUAAUUCCGGAAGCCGUAAUUAUCAGAGUUCUCGAGGAAGUUGCACUUCUGCACGUGGAGGACCCAGCUUCCGACGAGGAUUUCGAGGAUCCGGGCCAAGGGGUAAGUUUUAA